AUGUCGGAUUAUUACAGCUCGCGUGGUGAUGCAAAUGCAAAGGAGCUAGUCGCUGCCAGACUAUGGGGUCCGCGCCGCGCCUCCGACGCGUACUCGCACAUGUCGACCGACGCCUUGUACCACGAGACUCUCGGCAAGCUCGAUCUCAGGUACGGAACUGGCAACACUUAUCUAAUUCCCAACGAACCCUCAAGAAACGAUGCCGAGCGUGGUGUUAGAAACCAGCGCGCGGAGCAUCCACCAACACCUGAACUCCCGCCAACGCCGCCGAUGCCGCCAACGCCGGACUUCUUCCGGGAAGUGAUUCCCCCUCCAUGCCCAACACCUCCGUUAGCCACGACAAGACCAGAAAAGCCCUUCCUCAGCUGGGCCGAGUUCCACCCCUUCCCAAUCACCCUCCGGAACCACACGAUCCAGAGCCCGCGGGAGGAGCUGAUCCACGCUCUUGACCACAUCGAGUCGGCCAAAGUCAAGGGCGUCGGCCGGCUUGCACGCCCGCUCAUCAACAGACUCCACACGGCGCAGCAGCUCAGCGACUUCCUCGCGCACGCCGAGCGCAGCAUCCUACGUCCCUUUCCCGCCGCAGCGCUCUACCCUAACCCGACAGCCCGCGAACUGGACCGGCUCGAGUCCGAACUCUUCGACACGGCCAAGUUCACGGGCAGCGGCGACAACCACGUCACAGUGCUCACCUGGUCAGCCGACAGUCCCCGUGGCACGAUCACACUAUUCGAGGCGGACCUCUUCCGCAACCCCGACAUGGCCCUGCCGCUCAGCAGCAACCGACGAACCCCGCGACGAGUAGGCUGCGCCAUGUCCCUGCGGCCCGUGGCAGCCAUGGAGGACGUGCCGCGGCAGGUGCUGGUCAACAUGCGCACGGACCAGGGGGUGCGCAAGCUGGUGCUCAAGCACGACAUGGCUGAAAACCGGUUCCGCUGGGGCGCGAGGUAUGGAAGCGAGCCGCGGUACGCACGAUUGCUGGACGAUCUGGAUGGGUAUGAUGAUGAGGAUGACAGCACCACUGCCAGGAGCACGGGACACGCGCGCAGGGCGCGGGAGCGGAGUUCGUUGCGAGGAGGCCGUGAUCACAGAGGAGAAGCGGAUUGCGACGGCGUAGUAGCAACAAUCCCACAAUUCCUAGCUUUACUACACGCGAGCCGAUCCAUCGUGGAAGUGGCGUCUGCGGGUGCGAUAUCGGACGACAAAGUCGAGACGGAGGACUGUGAGCGGUUUAGGGCUGUCGUGCUGAGGGACUGGCCCGAGGGCAAGCGCCAUACGGGCAGGGAGGUGCAUGUUGUCGUGCUGGUGCCGGCCGCCGCCAAGUGGGCUGACGAGCCCAUCUUCUGGACCGAUGAGGCCAGCAGCCUGCGGGAGUUGCGCCAGAAGAAGUACCGGGAUGUGAUUGAGGGAGCGGUUCGAAGGCCGAGAACGUCGCGGACGCCACGGACGCCCCGGAGCGGCUACGGCAGGGAUCGGGAUCGGAGGAGCAUCAGCCCGACUCUUCCCAGCCCAGCACGCUCCGCUGCCUGGUGAUUCCUAGGUUGUGGCAAGGUUCGAUGUGAUUUGGCGUACGGAGUAUGGUUGGCUUUCAGAGUUUAUUCAUUUGUUGCUUGACUGUGCAAUAAGGCACAGCUAAGGAUUAAGGGGAGGAUGUUUCGAGUUGUGAUAAUCGUUUGUCUUGUACAAGUAUACCCCACUGUACAAGUAUACCCCAGUCAACUACCCUAGAUGGAAUAGUCAAGACAUUUGCUUUUAAUCCC